GAGAACUACUGAGCACAUGCUUUCGUGUUUUGUGACAGUAAUACUUAUAAAGUUAAAUUUGUAAAUAAUUCGAAAUAUUAUUUUAUUAUUAAUAUAAUUUUGUUAUUAUUAUUUGCCUUUUAAUUUUUGCUUAUUAAAUAAUAAAAAAAAAUACUGAAAAAUGCCUAAGGGAAAAACGAAAAAAUUCAUUGAUAAAAAAAAUUCAGUAACAUUUCAUUUAGUUCAUCGUUCUCAAAGAGAUCCAUUAAUUGCUGAUGAAACUGCACCACAACGCGUACUUGUUCCUGUUGGAGAUACACAAGCUGCUAAAUUUGAAAAAAAAAAGAUAGAUGAUACUAAAAGAAAAGAAGAACAAAGAAAAUAUGGCAUAUAUUUUGAUGAUGAUUAUGAUUAUUUACAACAUCUUAAAGAUGUUAAUACUUUAACAGCUGAAUGGGAACGUGUAGAUUCUACAACUUCGAAAAUAAAUGAAUCACAUAAUGCACCUAAAAUUAAUUUACCAUCUUCUGUAUUUGCUUCAAAUGUUGAAGAAAAAGUUGGGCUUUUAAAUAAAGCAGCCCCAAUUUCAGGAUUGCAAUUAGAUUUAGAUCCAGAUAUAGUUGCAGCUAUGGAUGAUGAUUUUGAUUAUGAUAAUCCAGAAAAUCAAUUAGAAGAUAAUUUUAUGGAAUUAGCUAAUGCAAAUAAUGAUAUUUUAGAAGAAGAGUAUGAUGAAGCAUCUGAUAUUUCAUCAGAAAUGGAAUUAUCAGAUGAAGAAGAAGAUGAAGUAUGUAGUUUAAAUGGACCUCAAUAUACUUUUAAAGAAGAAGAAACAAAAUCCCGUUUUACAGAAUAUUCAAUGAGUAGUAGUGUGAUAAGAAGAAAUGAACAAUUAACGCUUCUUGAUGAUAAGUUUGAAAAAAUGUAUACUGCAUAUGAUGAUAGUGAAAUUGGUGCAUUGGAUUGUGAUGAAAUCGAAGGAUAUAUUGCACCAAAUUCAGAUUUGAUUCUUCAAUGUGCAACAGAAUUUGAAAAAAAGAAAAACGAAAAUGCUGAUAAUGUUGCACAAUUGAUGAAAGAUAAAAUGAAAAUUUUAGAAAAUGAGUACUCAAGUUCUGAAGAUGAAAACAGUUUGGAAGAACUUAUUGUUAAUGCAAGAGAAAAAGACAAAUGGGAUUGUGAAAGUAUUAUUAGUACUUAUAGUAAUAUUUACAAUCAUCCAAAGUUAAUUUCUGAACCUAAGCAUCCACAAAAGAUCAAAAUCAAUCCAAAAACUGGUAUACCAAGAAAUAUUCUAGAUGAAUCUUCUGAAAAAUUAACUGCAAAAACAUUGGCUCAAUUUGAUCAGCAAAAUGAAUAUUGUAAAUCAAAAUAUCCUCAGUCUAUUGCAGAAACUAUGAAAUCUACCUUAAGUACAUUGAGUAUAAGAUCUAAGAAUGAAACUCCCGAGGAAAGAAAACAAAGAAAGAAAGCACUUAAAGAAUAUAGAAAAGAAAGACGAAUAGAACGGAAAGCUAAUACUGAAGCAUUCAAGGAAGAAAAGAAACGCCAAGAAAAAAUUUUAUUAAAUAAUAGGCAAAAUAUUCAAGGAAAUAAAAUAUUUUAAAAUAAA